GGUGUCGGGGGAGGAAUAAUGCCCCAUCAUUGGUGUCAUGGGGGGGAACAAUAGUGCCCCAUCGUUGGUGUCAGUGGGGGGGAGGAAUAGUGCCCCAUCGUUGGUGUCAGUGGGGGGAGGAAUAGUGCCCCAUCGUUGGUGUCAGUGGGGGGAGGAAUAGUGCCCCAUCGUUGGUGUCAGUGGGGGGAGGAAUAGUGCCCCAUCGUUGGUGUCAGUGGGGGGAGGAAUAGUGCCCCAUCGUUGGUGUCAGUGGGGGGAGGAAUAG